AGGCCCGUUCCACUUCCACCGCGCGGCCUCCAUUCCCCCUAACACAGCCGAGAGGAAGCCGGCGGCGGCGAGCCGAAUCCAAUAGAACGCGAGCAGGCGGCGGCGAUGGCAUGGCGGGCGAGCCUGUCUCGGAGCGUGAAGGAGAUCCGCGUCCUCUUCUGCCAGUCCUCCCCGGCCAGCGCCGCUGCCCGGGAGUUCGUGAAGAAGAACUAUGGUGACAUCAAGGCCCGCAACCCCGCCCUCCCCUUCCUUGUCCGCGAGUGCUCCGGUGUCCAGCCCCAGCUCUGGGCUCGCUACGAUAUGGGCGUGGAGAGAUGUGUGAACUUGGAUGGCCUGACAGAAGCACAGAUUGAUAAGAAGCUGGAGGAGCUUGCCAAGGCCGGCGAGUCUCUUAAAACCAAAUAGUUUUGGAACUUGUAUCAUGUCUUGUGUUUAAUGUUCCCAAAUAAAAGAUACCAUAUCGGUGGACAAUUGUUACUCUUCAUUAUUCCUGUAGUCCGUGGAAUGAAGUCUUCAAUUGGCUCAAAUUAAUGUGAAAUAAUUUCUACUCUGUCA